AUGGCACACAGUGAUGCGGGACACGCAGGAAUGGAUCACGGAGGCAGCGGUAUGUGCUCGAUGAACAUGUUGUUCACGUGGGCUUACAAGGACACCUGUGUGGUAUUCAAAUGGUGGCACAUCAAGACAAUUCCACACAUGUUUUUCAGUUGUUUUGCAGUCGGUGCGCUUGCGUAUCUGUAUGAGUAUCUGAAAUACUGCUGCCACAAGUCGUUGGUGCACCACGGCGGUGCGGUCUCUGCUAAUACAGGCCUCACGAGCGGCAUGGGAAGAUCGCUGCGACUCCGAAGAUCCGUCUGGUACGGUCUUCAAGUGGGAUUCUCGUUUAUGCUGAUGCUAGUCUACAUGACUUACAACGGCUGGCUGAUGAUUUCGGUUGUCUUGGGCGCGAUAUACGGACACUACGUGUGGGGAGCACUUUUGGAAGAGUCUCCUCGGACAUCGUUGGCGUGCCAUUGA